AUGCUCAAAUAUACACAAGAGAUAGCACUGAGAAUCAGUGGGGCAUUGCUUGAUUUCAUCAAUAAUGGUUGCGACGGCGAGUCCGCGGCCGGAAACGGCGCUGCCCGCCCGAUCCGGUCAAGCGCCGUCCAUGUGUGGUCUAGCGCGGACCGAUGCGGCCUGGCGCUGCCCCGUUCGGGCAUGGUGCCGACUCAGUGCCCCCUUCGACUUUCUGAUGUCAUCUCUCAUGGCUAUAUAUAA